AACUUAGAGUGGGCGUUACUGAUAGUGACAUCUCGCCGUGUGAUUGGUCGAGUUGUUUGUAUCCGGUACACGUGUCCUGAGAGUUACCGGAGCCGUGAUGCAGGAUGUACAAAAUUUGCCCAUUGACAUCCAGACCAGUCGCCUGCUGGACUGGCUGGUGGACCGACGGCAUUGUAACCUCAAAUGGCAGAGCAAAGUACUACAGAUCCGGGAGAAGAUCAACCAAGCACUGCAAGACAUGCCUGAGCAUGAGGGAAUAAGGAAUCUCCUGUCAGGGACUUAUAUUAAUUACUUCCAUUGUCUGAAGAUUGUGGACAUCUUAAAAAACACAGAAGCUGCCACAAAGAAUUUAUUUGGAAGAUACUCAUCUCAGCGAAUGAAGGACUGGCAGGAAAUAAUUUCUCUGUAUCAGACCGAUCACACGUAUCUUGCGGAGUGUGCCAGCUUAUUUGUACGCAAUGUGACUUAUGAGAUUCCGGCUCUCAAGAAGCAGAUGUCUCGGUGUCAGCAGCUAGUUGCGGAGAGCGAGCGGCGCGUGGAUGAGUGUUUAAAGGGAGCAGCAGAGCAGCGGGAACAGUAUUUUGCAAGCUGUAAGAACUACAGAAUCGCUGGUGAGGAUAUACGCAGGGAACUCCUAUACCUUGUUCGCGAUGUUCCAUCUCUUCUGAGACAAAUAGGCGCUGAUGCAGCAGGAUUGUUAUCUGCAGUCAAUCUUUACCAAGCAUGUGUGUCAUUUGUAUGUGACAGUUCACCUGAGCAUGAACUUCCACUUCUGCGUCACAUACAGCAACAUGGGGACACCACUGUAUAUGAGUGGCGUACAGGGGAGGCUCCAGAGAAGAUAGAACGUCUAGAGAUAGAGGAGCAGGACCUCCAUUCUACAGAAGUGGGAGAUAUUGACUGGGGGGAUAUAAGUGUCCAGGCAGAGGCCACCCCUGCAGAAGGAAUGGAUGGCUUAACUGCUGGAGACAUAGAAUGGGACAUCACUGUGGAGCCAGAGGGUGUAGAAGCAGACGGUAUAAACUGGGACAGCGGAGAUACAUGUCCAACUGAAACAAUCACUGUGCUUGAAGCUGGAACCCAUGUCCCCCCAGGUGUAGCUCGUGGGUCAGAUGCUUUAACGGUCCUGGAAAACCCAGACACUCGAAACCAGUUUGUGGAUGAAUUAAUGGAGUUGGAGCUUUUCCUGUCCCAGUGGCUACUGAGUCUAGAAGGUGACACAGAUAUCGUUGCUGUUACACAAUUCCAGACAGCUCCUCCUAUCCUGCAGGGACUAACUCAGAAACCAGUAUUAGCAAUGUUAGCAUCUGUAAAGGAUCUGAUUGGCCGACUGACAGAUGUACGAAUGCGCCACCUCUUCCUUAUCCUAGCAUCUCCACGAUAUGUGGACCGUGUCACGGAUCUCUUGCGCCAGAGACUGCGACAGGCUGAACUCUUGGAACAGAAAAGUGAGGCAUGGAGGGAGAGAGGCAGGACUGCGCAGGAAGAGAGGGAAACCAUGGAGCCCAGACUUGCACUUUUACAGGAAAGGAGCAAAGAACUGCAGCAACAGGUUGAAGCAGAUAUCUCAAAAAGAUAUAGCAAUCGCCCUGUGAAGUUGAUUGGUACUGGCCUCUGAUUUUUGAUCUCUGAUGUCAUACUGAAUUGUGAGCAGAUUUAAUAAAUAAUAAUAAAGAACA